AUGACAAAUCUCUCUAUUGUGACUCAGUUUGUCCUGAGGGGCAUGCCUCACACAGAAGGUCUGGAGACCAUGCUCUUUGUAGUGUUUUUAUCUUUCUACAUCUUCACCUUGUUGGGAAAUCUGCUAAUAUUCCUCGCGAUUAUCUCUUCCACUCGGCUUCACACUCCCAUGUACUUCUUCCUGUGCAAGUUGUCCAUGUGUGACAUAUUUUUCCCAUCUGUGAGUUCUCCCAAGAUGCUGUUCUACCUCUCAGGAAACAGCCGAGCCAUCUCCUAUGGAGGUUGUGUGUGCCAGCUCUUCUUCUACCAUUUCCUGGGUUGUACAGAGUGUUUUCUGUACACAGUAAUGGCCUAUGACCGCUUUGUGGCCAUAUGUCACCCUCUACGAUACUCAACAAUCAUGAACCACAGAGUGUGUGCUAUAUUGGCAAUAGGGACAUCAUUUUUUGGCUGUAUUCAAGCUACCUUUCUGACCAUUCUUACUUUCCAGUUGCCAUACUGUGGUCCCAAUGAGGUGGACUAUUACUUCUGUGAUAUCCCUGCUAUGCUAAAGCUAGCUUGUGCAGACACAUCAGUCCUGGAGAUGGUGGGGCUCAUCAGUGUGGGCCUGAUGCCACUAAGCUGCUUCUUCCUCAUCCUCACCUCCUACAGCUGCAUCCUCUGCUCCAUUCUACGGAUCCCGUCUGCUGAGGGGCGGCAUAGAGCCUUCUCUACCUGCAGUGCCCACCUCACUGCCAUCCUCCUCGCCUUUAUGCCAGUGGUCCUCAUAUACCUCCAGCCUACUCCAAAUCCCUGGCUUAAUGCAGCUGUUCAGGUCUUGAAUAACCUGGUCACACCCAUGCUGAAUCCUUUAAUCUAUAGCCUGAGAAAUAAGGAAGUAAAAUGUUCUCUAAAGAAAGUGCUACAUCAAGUGCCCAUUCUGUCUAAGAAGUGA